AUGGGGAAAAACGUCGACAGCAAGGCCUGUCCGGGAGAAGUGUUUUCUCUCCCAGCCCUAAACACCGAGUACACAAGCCCAUCUUGUCUGGCUGUAUGGGGCUCAUGUAUCGGCUGCUCGUCACUUUGGUACCAUACGUGUCUGGUUGUAGCUGUGCUGAACUCGGGCGCCAAGUCUCAUUUACUUGAGCCUGCUGCAUCGCGAAGCUUCCAAGCAUAA